GGGAGAUUGGCUUUGAAUUUCUUUACAGCUGCAGAAAGAGGAGGAGGAGGAGGAGGAAGAAAAAGAAGCUCAGCUAAGAAGGCAGGAGUUUAGUACCGCUGUUUAGCUCGCUGUCGCGUAUUCUAGAGCUUGCCUCAGCAUGAAAAUGGAAGAGCAAACUCCCUCAGCCCGGAGGCAAGGAGAAACUUCGGAAGGGGCAGGGAAAAUUCAACACGGCCUCCAGAAGGCUGCAAGUCGCAAAGCCAGGGCAGAUUUGGAGGGAGGAAGCGACCCCUGUGAAGCAAUGCAUUCUGGGAAUACUGGGGGACCCUUCAAAAGGGCCGCCCCACGUCAGGUGAAGAAGGAAUCAGAGCAGGGCUUGGCGCGUUGCUGGGAAACCCAGUGGCAGGACUUCCUGAAGACGGUGGAGUCCCCUCACUCGGGUUGGGGGGCAUCACAGUCGCCGGAAGAGCCCACCCCGUGGGACGACGCCAAGGCCUUCCUGGCCAACUUCGAGCAAGUGGCCCAGGCCUGCCGGUGGCCCAGGGAAGAGUGGUCAUCCCGACUCUGGCCAGCCCUCAGCGGAGAAGCCGAGCAGGCCUUUCAGAGGAUGGAGAGGCAAGACAGAGAGGAUUAUGGGAAAGUGAAGGCGGCCAUCUUGAGAGGGGACGCGCUGAGGAGAGAGAAGCAGCGUCAACAUUUCAGGCAUUUUUGCUACCAGGAGGCCGAGGGGCCAACCGGCGCUUACAGCCAGCUCCAGGAGCUUUGCCAGGGAUGGCUGAAGGUGGAGAGACACUCCAAGGAGCAGAUCCUGGAGCUGCUGAUCCUGGAGCAGUUCCUGGCCAUCCUGCCGUCAGAGAUCCAGAGCAGGGUCAGGGAAUAUAGCCCGGAGACGUGCUCUCAGGCGGUGGCCCUGGCUGAGGAUUUUGUGCUAAGCCAGCGAGAGGCCGACCAUUAUGAAAACGAGGUAGCCUUUGAGGAGGAGGCUGCGGGCUCCUCUGAAAUGGGCCGGGAUCCGUCUGAGAUCGAGCAGAGCCAUCUGGGCCUAGAAACCAAGCAGGAAGAAGAAGAUGGGGAGUCCAUUCUGCUGGUAGGUGAUGUGUGGGAGAGCGAGGACGAGGAGGAUCUCCCUGGGAUGUCAUCCGAAACAGGCACACAUGAGGUGUUGAAAGAGAACUUCUGGAAUCAAGACGGAUCAGAAUGUCAGGAGGGGAUUCACCUAGAGAAGGGGAACAAUAAAGACAUUCCUUGUCAGGAUGGGGACUUCCAUGAAAUCAUAAUUCAAGACGACGAACAAACAGAGAAGAGAAGGAGUAAGUGCCUCAGUGCACACUGGAGAAUCCACACAGGGGAAAAACCCAGCAAAAGCUUAAUGUUUGGGAAGAGCUUUAAUCAGCACAGAAACAUGACGGAAUAUCAAAUGCUCCACUCCGGGGUGAAGCCAUAUAAAUGCCUGGAAUGUGGAAAGAGUUUCAGUCAGAGCACACACCUUACUUCACAUCAAAGAAUACACACAGGGGAGAGGCCAUACAGUUGCGCAAAUUGUAGCAAGAGCUUCAAUCAGAGCACCAGCCUUAUUCAACAUCAAAGAAUCCACACUGGUGAGAAACCCUAUAAAUGCUCUGAGUGUGGAAAGAGCUUCCGUCAUAGCACAAGCCUUACGUCACAUCAAAGAAUCCACACAGGGGAGAAACCAUACAAAUGUUCUGAUUGUGGGAAGGGCUUCUGUAAUCAAUCCGGCCUUAUUAACCAUAAGACAAUCCACACAGGGGAGAGGCCAUAUAAAUGCCUGGAGUGUGGGAAAAGUUUUAGUCAGAGCACACACCUGACUUCACAUCAAAGAAUCCACACAGGGGAGAGACCGUAUAAAUGUUCAGACUGUAACAAGACCUUUUGCGAUCAAUCGGGUCUUGUGAAACAUCAAAGGAUUCACACCGGGCAGAAGCCAUAUAAAUGCUUGGCAUGCGGAAAGAGCUUCAGUCAGAGCACAAACCUUAUCAGACACCAGAGAAUUCACACAGGGGGCGAAGCACCCAUAUUGAUGUCAACAUACCCAUAAGGCAGCAGAAAGGCCCCUGUUCCAAAUGCCUUUGGUUUCCAAGACUUGGAAGUUAUAGUUUUAUCAAAUAUGGUCCCUUCAGUAGUUGCUACUUUGUGGAAAUCCCUGUGUCAGGCUUGUGACUCAU